ACGUGCUGUGUAUGGAGCUACACAAGGGUCUGUGUGGAAGAAAAUUUUUGCAUCAUUUGGGAUGGCACUGUACAUGCUAAGUUAUGGAAUACUCUCAGUUUUGUGGACCAUUAUCUCCGGUAAACUUCCAAAGCAUCCUCCCUGGGCUCUUGUUGAGGACCCUGCUCGCUGCCCACAGUUGUUUUUGUACUCGCGAGCUGACAAAUUAAUUAGUUCUGAUGAUGUUGAGUUUUUCAUCACUGAGCGGCAGAAACUAGGGGUUCCUGUUGUGGCCAAGUGUUGGGCUGAUUCUCCCCAUGUACAGCAUUACAGGUACGAGCUGCUGCUAUAGUUUUCUUGAGGUAGC